GCCCGGUCGCAAAGCUGGUCGGACAGUAUUCAACUUUUGUCCUUUGAUCAGAAGGUGAAGGAGGAGAAAGUACGUAGUUUCUUGGGGAAGUAUAUGAGGCAUGGGGGGAUGCAGCAGUAAACCAUCGAUGCUCCACUUGUUCUUGGUUUACCCGCAUCUUGCAAACAGAACAGCGACAAAGCAACUCAACAACUACCAUCACCCGUCCUUCCACUCUCCCUCUUCUCUCCUCUCCCUUCAAAACCAACUACUAGUUUUUUAUCUGUUCACACUAGUAAUUCGUCCACGACACACCAUCAACAAUCAAUCAAUCAAUCAAUCAAUCAUUUGGCCCUCCAUCGGUUAUGCAAACUAUUUUCGAUUAAUCAAUCUGCCCCCCUUCAUCAGCUGUCUUAAUCAUCCGGCUGCAGUAAGCUUCCAUCUCCCCUGCACAUACCCGCCCGACUUCAGGCAGAUGGCGCUCUGCAUGCACCACGGCUUGCAGAGCCCGAGGAUGGUGCAUUCCACCCCCCUCAACCCUACAUUCCCCGUGCUAUGUUUUCGUUAUGCCUCGAGGUCUGGGAUCAGACACCACAACAAUUGACCAUUGUGCAGAUCGACGCCUCGUAAUACCUCCGUUGGCACUUGUUCCAGCCCGCCAGUGUUCGUCUGGUAUCCUUCUGCACCGGGGCCGGAGUUUUGCCCGGGCCUGAGAUUCCUACUGGCUGAGACCGGAAUCUAUACUCGACCUAGGUGAGCUAUUUCACUGCUAUUUGAGAAAUGUCUUGUCCCGCUCGAUCUUCUCCUGUUGUUUACUAUCCUUUCCCAUCCCUUCCUCAUAUACUGGAGCCUGUCUCUCGAGUGUUCCGUACACUC